CAAACUUAAUUUGUCUAUUAUAAUUUUUUGUAAUAAUUAUAAACGUGUAUAUAUGUAAAGAAAAUACAAGUGGCACUAUAUAUAGAUGGACACGUGUAGAUGAUAGGGUAGUGAAUUAUGAGAUAGGUACCAAACUUAAUAACUUCCCAUAUUCAUUCCCAUACGUCUUCUUCUUCUUCUUAUUUCCAUUAAUUACUUUGACUUAUCCAUCAAAUUUAGAUUCAAAAUAAUUAAAUAAUUAUUACUUAAUAACAACCACAAAUUAUUACUUAAUGUUUCAAAAUUUUCAAUUUCUUUUUCUGUAAAACAUCCAAUAAAAUUUAGAUAAAAUACCUUUUUUAAAAAAUAUAAAUUUAUUAAGAAGAACAAUGACAAUUAUAAGUGAUAUAUAAAAUUGUAAUACAAAUAACAAUUAAUUUGUAUCCUAAAUUUUAAUUUUUUUUCGUUAAAUAAAAUAGCUCACAAAAUACAAUUUAUUUCUUAAUUUAUAAUAUAAAAAAUACACAUAUAAAAUAAAUAUGUAAUAAAACGUUUACUAUAAAAUACACAUAUAUAAUAUAAUUUAAAAAAAUUUAUAAAAAAAUAAUAUAAAAUAAAUAAAAAAUAAUCAGAAUCAAUAUUUAUAAUAUAUUAUUUACUAAAAUUAUUUAAAAAUAAAAUAAUAAUAAUGUAUCUCAUUUAUUUUAUCAAAAAAUAUAAUUAAAAUACUCAAAUUAAUUUUUUUUUUAUAAUUAAACUAUAAUAUAUAAUAAUUAUUUUAUAAAAUAAAUUUAUCAUUCUAUAUUUAAUAUUAAAAAUAAAAUAAAAAUUAUUACCUUAACAAAAUAGCAAGAUUUAAGUAUUUUCUUAGCUCAUAUUUAUUAAAAAAAAUUAUUAUUUAUUAGUAAAUAUGCUAUAAAAAUAUUAAAUUUUUUUGAAUUUCAAUUUUAUCGUUUUAAAUAACUAACUAUAUUUUUAUGGAAAUAGAUAAAAUGGAUGGAUACACAAUUUUAUUUAGUAUAUAAAUAUAAAUAAUAAAAUAAAUAUAUAUAAUAUUCAUUCACUUCACUCAAACUCACUCACUCUUAUCUUCUUCUCCAAUCAAAAAUAGAAGCAAUGAUCCUACGUGGCACAAUCUCAGCCCUUCAUUCCUCCUCCGCCACAUUACUCCGUCCCAAAACCACCGUCGCCGCCGUCUCAUCCCAAUCCCAACCCUUCUCCUUCAACAAGAGCUACUCCAUCUCCGACAAAGACCUCAACUCCCGAGGCUUCAUCCUCCGCCGUACACCGUCAGAUCUCAACCUCGACAACCUCAACAAAGUCUUCGUCGCCGUCGGAUUCCCCAAACGCGACACCGACAAGAUCAGAAUCGCACUCGAAAACACCGACGCACUUCUCUGGAUCGAGUACGAGAAGACUCAACGGCCAGUAGCGUUCGCCAGAGCAACCGGAGACGGAGUUUUCAACGCGAUUAUUUGGGACGUUGUCGUCGAUCCUUCGUUUCAGGGUUUCGGUUUGGGUAAAGCGGUUAUGGAGAGAUUAAUAGAUCAGCUUUUGGAGAAAGGAAUUACGAAUAUUGCUCUGUAUUCUGAACCUCGUGUUCUAGGGUUUUAUAAACCCAUGGGUUUUGUUGCAGAUCCGGAUGGGAUUCGAGGAAUGGUUUAUUCGAGAAAAAACAAAAAGAAGUAAAGAAUUAAACAAAAUCAAUUCGAUUCGAUUCGAUUUGCGUUUUGGAGAAAGGCGAGAGAAGAGAGGAGAAAAGUGAUGAAGAGGAAAAUACCUAAAGCGAUUAGGAGGGAGAAUCCAGCUACGAUUAUAUCCAUGGCGCCUUGAAUACUGAUUAUUCCGAUUAUAGAAAACAUUUUCUUGGUUUUUGUAAUGAUUGUGAAUGUUGUUGGAGAUUUAAGCAAUGAAUUGAUCGAUUGGAUUGUUGAAUUGGGGAAAGAGUUACUGGAAUUGGGGGAAGAUUAGGGCUUUGGAGAAGAAGAUAGAGGUAGGAGAAGAAGGAGGAGGUUACACGUGGCUUUCUGGAUUUGGGGAGGGGAUGGCACGUGCGGUUGCACGUGAGUUUGCAUGGAUGGGUGUAACAAUUUCUAUACACUUAUCUUGAAUAAAAUAAAUGGAUAAUUACAUCAAA